GUACUGUCAAUUGUCAAAAUAUCCGAUUUUGACAGGUUAAUAAGUUUAAUUUAUAAAUAAUUCGUUUAAAAAAUUGUAAUUACUAUUUUUAUGUAACAAUAACGUUAAAUUAAUACAGUUAUGGCAUUUUCUUUCGGAAAUGCGAACCAGUCAACAUUUGGAAGUACGCCGAAUAAACCCACUGCUUUCGGUACCCCAUUUGGGGUAACCACGACCACAGCCAGUACCGGUUUCGGCGGUUUUGGAACUUCAUUCGGAACCACUUCCCAACCGUCGACCGGUUUUGGUUCAACUUUUGGCGCUCCUGCUCAAUCCUCAGGUUUCGGUAGUACUUUCGGAACCCCUGCAACUUCCACUCCGGCAUUUGGUUCAACUUUUGGAACUCCAGCAUCAUCUUCAGCUCCUAGUUUUGGUACGGGUUUUGGUCAAUCGACAGGAGGCGGUCUUUUCGGUACUCCCACAACAAAACCAACCCUUUUCGGUACUCCCACAACUUCGACUUCGUUAUUUUCGACGCCUAGUACGGCCCCGAGUUUAUUUGGGAGUGGUACCACAACGCAAGCACCGAGUCUUUUCGGGGGCGUCACGACGUCUACUCCUAGUUUAUUUGGAGCAGGGAGUACCCCAGCUCCGAGUUUGUUUGGUACUACGACAACUUCGGCCCCAAGUUUGUUUGGGAGUUCGUUUGGGGGGACUGCAACUACUUCGGGAGGUUUAUUUGGGGGAGGUACAACGGGGUCAGGGUUUGGAUUAUUCGGGGGUACUACAACGACAAGUGCGCCAUCUUUAUUUGGAGGUUUUGGGAGUACACAAACAACUGGGGGAUUUGGAGGGUUCGGGGCGAGUGGAGGGUUUGGCCAAACACAAGGGAGUUUGUUUGGAGGAGGUUUUGGGGCAAAACCGGCACAACCUCCAGGUGUUGCGCAAAAUGCAGUCACAACUCAACAACAACAAAACCAGCUUGUAAUUCAGUCGAUAUAUGCUAUAAACAUUUUUAAUGAUGAGAGGGAUGAUAUUUUGAAGAAGUGGAAUCUGUUACAAGCUUGUUGGGGUACCGGGAAGGGGUAUUACAGUCCGAAUCAACCACCGGUUGAAUACACCGUUCAUAACCCGUUUUAUCGGUUCAAAGCAGUCGGUUAUAACAUAAUUCCAGAACAUGAUAACACAGAAGGUAUAGUCAAGUUGAUUUUUAACCGAAAAUACGCUGAACUCAGUUCGCAAAAACAAGUCCUAAUCAAUGGCAUUAGUGGGAUUCUGGGUAAUAAACCCAACCUCAAGGUUACAAUCCAACACAUCAAAGCCCUUUCUGACACACAAUCCGAAUUAAGAAUUGUGGUUAUGGAAAAAGGAGUCACCGGAACCAGCCGAAAAAUCCCAGCCACCGACUUGGCCAACUAUUUGAAUCAACCAACGCAAAAACAACAAUUGACUAACGUUGGUGUUACGACUAUCAUUGCGUAUGUAACACCCUCGAAAGCAGCAUUGGAAGAAUACUUAAAAACGGUGCCUCAAGGUUUCGACCCUCAAAUGUGGAGGGCGGCGAUUAUGGAUAACCCAAACCCUAGUAAAUACAUGCCAGUGCCGAUUUACGGUUUUAAUGACCUUAAGGCCCGCAAAUUGAAACAGGAACACGAAACGGGCUUACAUAAGGCUUUUGAGGAGAAAAUCACAAACGAGUUGGCCGAAUUGAAGAAAAAGCAUGCGGCUUCACUCGCACGAAUUAACGAGCUUAAACACAGAUUCCUGCAUUUGCAACAUAGAACAUUGAGAAUUUUGGUUAGACAGGAAAGUAUACGAAAAAAUGGCUUGGCCUUGCAGCCUGAAGAGGAGUAUUUGAAAGGGAAACUCGAAACGAUGUAUGCACAUCUUAAUGUUCCGACACAGUUUAAGGGUCAGUUAAAUGAGUUAAUUUCGACGGUGAAACUCAUGGAAAAUACAAGUCGGCCCCCACAACCACGGUAUAAAUUGGUACAGGAGUCUCAAGCUGAACUGAAAGAUUUUCUCCAAUUGCAACAAAAUGGUAUUUCGAAAUUGGUGGAGAUUGUUAAGGAAGACAUGCGUUCUUUGAAUAUCAUGGUCGACGGUAUGCGCCAGCUUAUGCAGAAUAAAACUGUAAUUUGAUCAAUAAAUUGAUUUAUUUUUGA